UGAGAGUCAUUGUCGCGUCGCUGGUGACUUUCAUACUGAGUGUCAAACGUAGGUCCUACACUGCAACUGAAGAUGAAGACACUUCUGCUGCUAGUUUUGACCGUUUGGUUGAACAUUGAGUCAAGCGGCGGCACACUGUCCUCUUCAUGCUCCUACCCUCCAUCUAAGUGGUGCUCAUCCAUGGACUCUGCUAUCCAGUGCGGGGUUUUGAAGCAAUGCCUUGAGGCUAACUUCACCAGGUCUCAUCAGAAGGAAGACCCCGUCGAGAUUGGGUUUUACUAUGAGAGCCUGUGUCCUGGCUGCAGAGGGUUUUUCACUCAGAUGCUCUUCCCCACCUGGAUCAUGCUGGGAGACAUCAUGGCUGUGAAUUUGGUGCCCUAUGGAAAUGCACAGGAGAAACCUGAUGGACAGAAGUAUAAAUAUGAGUGUCAGCAUGGAGAACCUGAGUGUCUCGGCAACAUGAUUGAGACCUGUUUACUGAACAUGACCGAGUACUCCCCCCUGAUCAUCUUCUGUAUGGAAAGCUCCGCUGAUGUCAUCAAGUCAGCCCAGGGUUGUGCGCAAAUCUACGCCCCCGACUUGAGCUGGGACAGCGUCAUGAGUUGUGUGAAAGGAGAUCAGGGAAACCAACUGAUGCAUCAGAAUGCCUUGGAGACCGGAGCCCUGAAGCCUCCACAUGAGUAUGUGCCCUGGAUCACCAUUAAUGGGGAGCACACAGAGGACCUGCAGAACAAAGCCAUGUCUUCUCUCUUCACUUUGGUCUGUGGCAUGUACAAGGGUACCAAGCCAGAGGCAUGUGGAGGGGCCCAGAGACACUACAAGAGCUACAGCCACAAGGAGUGAAGGAGCAGCUCUACAUCUGCCUUUAUGUUGCUGUGUUCCAGGUGUGCCCACUAAAUAAGGAACACUGUGGAAUGUCUCCAAACUAUUUUUUUAAUCUGUGAUUUUACAGUCUGUUUCUAUAAAGGGAAGAAUUAUGAUCACCUCACUUUUAUAAUUCACAGAAUAUAAAUACAAUUUGCUUUCUAAAAAUGUGUCAUUAUUGAAAC